UGUUUUCUUAAAUAUUUGAAUAAUAUCGGUUUAUCAGUAUACAAAGCUCAGUGAAAAACAUUCACAGUACUUUACACUGUCAUCAUUUUUGUUUGUUUUUACAACAUGCUGCAUGUACUGUAUGGAGGAACCGAAAUGAAGUUGUUGCUCCUGUAAAACACAAUAUCAUCUAAUUUUAUUAAGUGAAAGGGGUUGAAAAGCAGGUUUUAGUAGACUUUAUUUAACUUAUUUUCUCUAAGUAUGCCCUCUCGGUGGAAUGGGAAGCACUCUGCCCUGGAGGCUGCACUUCAGCAUGAUGAAACCUCUGCUCUGGUCCCCGGCCUUUCCCAGCCCACGCACGCACGCGACGUCAGACGUAACCCCACCCACAUAUUUCUGUAAACCACCUUGCGUAUGGAAGUAUGGCGGCACCAGCGACGCAAGUACUCCUCGACCAAAGUUUAUUGCUCAGAUUUUCACGUGAGAGCGAUGAAUAAGUACGCGAACCGAGCGGGAAGUAACGAAGAGUUUGGCGACCGUUAUCGGAGGGAAGGGCUUGCAGAAAGAGUCGUCGGUCUCUGGCCGUUAGAGAUUCCUCUAUUUCUCUUCACCUCCUUGAUUGAAGGGGCUGUAGUCCGGGUACCACAGGGGAAGAAACUCCGCAAGACGGGAAGAGUGGAUACGGAAGUUUGAAACAAACUCUUGCUUCGGAAAGCCAAUUGCAAAGCAUGUAAUUGUGGUGACAGAGUUCUUUUGUUUGAGACAUUUGAGUGCACUUGUCCGAUAUUUAUGACCAGCGUGUUAAAAGCGGCACCGUAAGCACCAACUGUUGCUCGAUGUGCAUUUAAUGGUCUGGCGCUGCACACCACCAGCUAACGUUAGUUAGCCUCCAUGGCUACCUUUAACAUUAGCUUGAGGUCGCCAGCUAACCAACGAUAUACAUGUUUCAGUAUUACUUUGAAAUGACUUUCUUAGACCUCUGAAGCACCUGGGAUCUAUUAAUGCAUGGUAAACGGAGACAUACUGGAGAAAUACGGAUCUUCAUAGGUGACCCGCGCAACCCAUACUACAGGAGGGGACAGACUGAGCCAGGGAAAAGGGUUCCUGUCUUCUCCCGACCCCCUCCCUGCUUUUUGGCCAACUGUGGAACGGUGAGCAACUGAGUCCGGCUUGGAGAGUCCCGGCUGUGGCCUGGCACCCUGCCCUUAUGGGGCAGCAGCCGGGGAAGUUUGUAGGGGACCAGAGGAGACCUAGUCUGCCGGCCUUCAUCAAGGGUGGAAGGAGAGAGUCGUCACGCCAUGGGACCCAUCCCUGUAACGUUUUUGCGGUGCAUGAAGCUCUCCAGAGACCGGACUUUGAGAGUCAGGGUCUGACAGAAGCGGCUCGCUGGAACUCCAAAGAAAACCUUUUGGCUGGACCCAGUGAGAAUGACCCCAACCUGUUUGUUGCACUCUAUGAUUUUGUAGCCAGUGGCGACAACACACUCAGCAUAACUAAAGGAGAGAAGCUGCGUGUGCUUGGUUACAACCACAACGGCGAGUGGUGCGAGGCACAGACCAAGAAUGGCCAGGGUUGGGUGCCUUCCAACUACAUCACCCCUGUCAACAGCCUGGAGAAGCACAGCUGGUACCAUGGCCCUGUGUCCCGCAACGCUGCAGAGUACCUGCUCAGCUCUGGCAUCAACGGAAGCUUUCUGGUCCGUGAGAGUGAGAGCAGCCCCGGCCAGAGGUCCAUUUCUCUGCGGUACGAAGGGAGAGUCUACCAUUACAGGAUUAACACUGCGUCUGAUGGCAAGAAUCUCUUUCUCCUCCAGCUGUAUGUGUCAUCGGAAAGCCGUUUCAACACGCUGGCGGAGCUGGUGCACCACCAUUCCACGGUGGCCGACGGCCUCAUCACCACGCUACACUACCCGGCGCCGAAGCGCAACAAGCCCACCAUCUACGGAGUGUCUCCCAACUAUGAUAAGUGGGAGAUGGAGCGCACUGACAUUACCAUGAAGCACAAGCUGGGAGGGGGCCAGUACGGGGAAGUGUACGAGGGUGUUUGGAAGAAGUACAACCUCACCGUGGCUGUCAAGACACUAAAGGAGGAUACGAUGGAGGUGGAGGAGUUUCUCAAGGAGGCCGCGGUUAUGAAAGAGAUCAAACACCCCAACCUGGUGCAACUGUUAGGUGUGUGCACACGCGAGCCGCCGUUCUACAUUAUCACAGAGUUCAUGACCCAUGGCAACCUGCUCGACUACCUGAGGGAGUGCAACAGAGAGGAGGUCAAUGCCGUGGUGCUGCUCCACAUGGCCACACAAAUCUCCUCUGCCAUGGAGUACCUGGAGAAAAAAAACUUUAUACACAGGGACUUAGCUGCCCGCAACUGUCUGGUCGGGGAGAACCACCUGGUAAAGGUUGCAGACUUUGGCCUGAGCAGGCUAAUGACUGGCGACACUUACACAGCUCAUGCUGGGGCCAAGUUCCCCAUCAAGUGGACUGCUCCAGAGAGUCUGGCCUACAACAAAUUCUCUAUAAAGUCUGAUGUCUGGGCAUUCGGUGUGCUGCUGUGGGAGAUCGCCACCUACGGCAUGUCUCCCUACCCCGGCAUUGACCUGUCCCAAGUGUACGAGCUGCUGGAGAAAGACUACCGUAUGGACCGACCAGAGGGCUGCCCCGAAAAGGUCUACGAGCUCAUGAGGGACUGUUGGAGGUGGAACCCUUUAGAACGUCCGUCUUUUGCUGAAACCCACCAAGCCUUUGAGACCAUGUUCCAGGAGUCCAGCAUCUCUGAUGAGGUGGAAAAGGAGCUGGGCAAGAAAGGGAAGAAGGCGACAUUAGGCCCCGUCCAGCAGGCACCCGAGCUGCCCACCAAAACCAGAACUCUCCGCAAAAACCUAGACAACCGGGAUGGAGAUAGUCCGGACCCAGCGGAGCUAGAGGUAGCUGUGUCGUCCCCCAUGCUCCCCAGGAAGGAGCGCCUCCUCCUGGACAGUAACUUGAAUGAGGAUGACCGAUUGAUUCCCAAAGACAAGAACCGUGGCAGUGGGUUUCUCAGUCUCAUAAAGAAAAAGAAAAAGAAUGCACCAGCUCCGCCCAAACGCAGCUCCUCUUUCAAAGAUAUGGACUUCCAACCUGACAGGAGGGGCGUGACUCCAGAUCUUCGAGACAGCGACAGCUUCAACAACGGUGCAUUAUUUGCCAUUAAUGACAUCACACAUGGCCUUGACUCUGCAAAGUUCUUGGGAAACAAUAAUGGGGCAGGAGGCAUCACCAACGGGGCUCCUACCUACCCAGGACCUUUAUUUCCUAGGAAGAAGGGAGCUCCUGCAGUUCCUGGCCCUGGAGGAAAAGCAGCUACAACACCUCCCAGUGAGGAGGAAUCCAUGUCUAACUCAAAGCGUUUUCUCCGGUCCUCUAGCAUGCACACCGGAUCAGAUGGCACUGAAUGGAAGUCUGUCACACUACCGCGAGACCUCGGCCAGCGCCACUUUGACUCAGGCACCUUUGGUGGCAAGCCGGCUCUCCCACGCAAGCGAACCAGUGAGCAAAAAGGUGAAAACAACCGGCGAAUGGGCACCCUGACUCCCCCACCACGUCUGAACACUUCAUCGGAUGGCUCCUCUCCCUUCUUAGGCAAAGAGACUGAUGCCAGUCCUGGUUCCAGCCCUCAGGCAUUAACACCUAAGGUGGUCAGGAGACCAGGGUUGCCGGGAUUGGAAAACUCCAAAACCAGCGCUCUCCACGCUGAGCUUCUCAAGCCCAAUGUGUUCCCUGCUUUAGGGGCAGCUGGAGACGAGUGUAGGGCCCGCAGACACAAGCACAGUGUGGACUCUUCCUCCGUCAGGGAAAGAGGAAAGUUACAGAAACCCAAGCCAGCCCCACCUCCACCACCCGCCAAUGCCAAGACAGGCAAGAUCUCCCGCAGCCCAACUCAAGAACUCCCCGCCACCUCAGACAUUAAAGCUAAGGGCCUCCCCUCUCUCUCAGAGCCUCACCAUACAACCACUGCCAGUGACCAAGCCCGCUCCCCUCUCAAUGAGGGCUCCAAGAAGCUGCCCCUGGGCUCCACCUCCAAACCUCAACCGUUAAAGACCUCCACCUCAGCGAGCGCCUCCCUCUCCAGCCAGAGCCUAGGGGGCUUCUCUUCCUCUCUCACCUCCCCCGGCGAUCUGUGCUCACCCACUGCCUUCAUCCCCCUAGUGAACACCCGGCGCUCCCUCCGCAAGACGGCACCCCGCCAGGCUGCCGAGCGUACCCCCAACUCCGCUGUGACGCGCGAGAUGGUGCUGGAAGGCACCGAGCUGCUCCGCGCAGCCAUUUGUCGCAACUCGGAGCAGACGGGUAGCCACAGCGCUGUGCUCGAAGCUGGCAAGAACCUGUCGAAGUACUGCGUGAGCUACGUCGACUCCAUACAGCAGAUGAGGAACAAGUUUGCCUUCCGCGAGGCCAUCAACAAACUUGAGAACAGUCUGCGUGAGCUGCAAAUCUGCCCCACUGCCACAGGGGGCGCCAACACACAGCAGGACUUCAGCAAGCUGCUGUCGUCUGUCAAAGAGAUUGGUGACAUUGUUCAGAGGUAGCGCAGUGAAAUCCUAAACUACCGAGAUGUAAAACCGAUAUGAACUGUAUCUUACCAAACCCUUUAAUCUGAGCAUGCACACGUGCUGCGGCCCUUGCCAAGCAUGUGUUGGCGAUCUGAGGGUAAAGCCUGCGGCUGAACAGCAACAGAGUAUAGGUCUCACACUACAGUACAUUCUGAAACACUUAAGCCAGUGGUUAUUGUAGAUGGAAUCAAAGGAAUCUCUGUAGAUGUUGUCCGACAGAGUUUGCAAUGUUGAAAAGCUCUAACCAUGACUAAAGAGAGGAAAGGGGCCAAUUCUUUAUCAACAUGACUUUUCACCAAUCAUUUCUGAAAUGAUCAUGUCUUAUCUAUUCUGGUUGUUUUACCCUUUAUCGAUGACACUAGUACAAAAGAGACCUGUGAUACUCGUUUUCAUCACUGUUAGGGUUUGACUUUUCAUCUGUGAGCAAAAACACUUCUCAUCUUGUUCUAGGAUGCCUUCUAACACUUAAAUGACUGAUCUCAUUGUCCCAUCUUCACCUGUAAGGAUUAGGGAGCUUCUGGAGUCAAUGCAUUGCAACAUUUCAUCAGUGAUUAGUUGUGUGUUAAGUGAUGAAAACACGUCAGUGUUCGGUCUGUGUGAAUGCUUUAUGCAGUAUUUGCGACCAUGUGCCAUAAAAUAAUAAUGGGAGCAAGCAAAUGAGGCAGAAUAAGCUUCUGGCAUUCACCGUUUUUUGCUUCACUGCACAUGUUGGUAACAAAUAGUGCCUUAAACAGUUUUGGCAGCGCUGUACACUUUACAAGUGCAAAAUGUGGGCAAGUGGUUAAGAAUAGCUGUGUGAAUUAGUUUUUUGAUUUGUUUGUGAUUGCAAUACCAAAAACUUUAUCUCCAGUCUAUACUGGAGUGGGACCAGGGUGCAAGAUCUGCUACUUGGUAGAUCUGACUGUUAUGUUCUUAGACUGGACCUUAUUUUUAUAAAAUUGAUUCAACUUUCUUUUCAUGCCAGUCACAAAAGCCAUGAGUAGCAGCAUACUGUUUGAUCUGUAAACCGUGUUUCUCAGACCACUGAAGGGACUGGGCCUAGGAGUUGAUGGGUUUGUGUCACAUGGUCUAAAUGCUGUUUCAAAGGCCUUUCCACCCCAGCAGAAAAAGAAAGCUAUCCUGGGGGAAACACUGGACUGAAAUGUUAAUGGAUCUUUCAUUUGCCGUCUUACAAAAACAAGUGAGACGUUGAAUUUUAUAGACUGA